GUACCAUCGAGUCGGUCCUGACUCACGGCGGCCCUGUGUACGACGGAAUGGAGCCCUGCCUGGUCCUGCACCAUCCUCGCAAUCAUCCUUAAUGCUUAAGCCCAUCGUUUCAGUGACUGUGUCAAUCCGUCUCAUCGAGGGUCUUCUUUUUCGCUGACCCUCUGCCAAGCAUGAUGUCCUUCUCCAGGGACUGGCUCCUCCUGACAACGUGUCCAAAGAUUGUGAGAUGUAGUCUCACCAUCCUUGCUUCUAAGGAGCAUUCUGGUUGUGUACUUCUUCCAAGACACACCAAAUACUCAUAAAAAAAAGAUUAAGAGUGGAAAGUGUGUGGGUCUUUUGUGCUGAGUUUUAUGAUUUGUUUGUGUGAAAGGUUCCAUAAAAGAUGUUUUCCAAGAUUGUCCUAGGUGUUGUCUAUGUACUUCAGGGCCCAGCUGAUGUGUCCUUGUGAGUUCAGCUCCAGCUGGGUCACAUUCUUUAUGCUCAAGGACAGGGAGUAAUGGCUCCAAUAUUAUCUCCUAAAUCAGAUGUCAGCUGCAGUGAUGGUGGUGGUUGUUAUUCUGUGUCAUCUCAGCUCCCUUCACAAGGAUUAUGAUGACCCUCCCCUUUCAUGUGUGAGGAAACUGACUAUCAGCAAGCUGGAGAAGGAGGAGCAGAUACACAGCGUGGACAUCGGGAAUGAUGGCUCCGCCUUCGUGGAGGUGCUAGUGGGAAGCUCGGCCGGAGGGGGUGGAGAGCAAGACUACGAGGUCCUUCUGGUGACCUCGUCUUUCAUGUCCCCUUCUGAGAGCCGCAGUGGCUCAAACCCCAACCGCGUUCGAAUUUUCGGGCCUGACAAGUUGGUCCGGGCAACAGCCGAGAAGCGCUGGGACCGUGUCAAAAUUGUUUGCAGCCAGCCCUACAGCAAGGACUCCCCGUACGGCCUGAGUUUUGUUCGGUUUCACAGCCCCCCAGACAAAGAUGAGGCAGAGGCUUCAUCCCAGAAGGUAACCAAGCUCGGCCAGUUCCGAGUGAAGGAGGAGGACGAGGGUGGCAACUCCUUGAGACCAGGGGCUCUUUUCUUCAGCCGGGUCAACAAGACAUCCCCAGCCACAGCCAGUGACCAGGCAGGACCCAGCUACGCAGCUGUUACACUUCAGGCCUCUAGCCCUGCUGCCUCAGCCCCCCUGGCUUCCAGGGGUGUAGGUAGUACUACCAAGCCUCAGGAGUCUCCCAAGGGGAAGAGGAAGUUGGAUUUGAACCAAGAAGAACAGAAGAACCCUAGCAAACCAUCAGCCCAGCCCUCACCACCCGUGCUCAAGAGACCCAAACUGCCAACUCCCGCCCGCACCCCAGCCACGGCUCCAGUCCCUGCCCCAGGACAGAGGGCAGAGCCAGAGAAGUCCCCAAGAGAAGGCACCGAGCUCAAGGGACCCCAAUCUGGCCCCCAGGAGCUGGGCAAGAUCCUUCAUGGUGCGGUGGUGGUGCUGAGUGGCUUCCAGAACCCCUUCCGCUCAGAGCUCCGGGACAAGGCUCUAGAGCUAGGGGCCAAGUAUCGGCCAGACUGGACUCCAGACAGCACCCACCUCAUCUGUGCCUUUGCCAACACCCCCAAGUACAGCCAGGUCCUAGGCCUUGGCGGCCGGAUUGUGCGUAAGGAGUGGGUGCUGGACUGUCACCGCAUGCGUCGGCGGCUGCCCUCCCGGAGGUACCUCAUGGCGGGGCCAGGCUCAAGCAGCGAGGAUGAGGGGGACUCUCACAGUGCCACCAGUGGGGAUGAAGCCCCUAGGCUUUCUCACAAGCGCCCCCAGACCAAAACCAAGCCCCCUCAGGCAGCAGGACCCAGCUCACCCCAGAGGUCCCCAGCCCCUGAAGAGGCCAAACCAGCCACACCAGGGGCCCAGGAGAAUUCUGACACUGAGGGGGAACGGUCAGAAGGUCAGGACAAUGGGGCAGAAGAUGCUGGGGACACCGAGGACGAGCUGAGAAGGGUGGCCAAGCAGAGGCAGCAGAGGCAGCCCGCAGGCCAGGAGGAAAAUGGCGAGGACCCAUACGCAGGCUCCACAGAUGAGAACACAGACAACGAGGAGCACCCAGAGUCUCCUACCUUGCCAGUUCCCGAGCUUCCAGACUUCUUCCAGGGCAAACACUUCUUCCUGUAUGGGGAGUUCCCUGGGGAUGAGCGACGGAAGCUCAUUCGAUACGUCACAGCCUUCAACGGGGAGCUUGAGGACUAUAUGAGCAACCGGGUCCAGUUUGUGAUCACCGCACAGGAGUGGGACCCCAGCUUUGAGGAGGCCCUGAUGGACAACCCCUCCCUGGCCUUUGUCCGCCCCCGAUGGAUCUACAGUUGCAACGAGAAACAGAAGCUACUUCCCCACCAGCUGUAUGGGGUGGUGCCCCAGGCCUGAAGUAUGUGCUUACAUCAGUACGUGCGCGCGCGCGCAGGCGCACACAAACACGUGCACACACAUUGGAUGAGUUUAAUAAAGGUGACUUGGUUUGGAGCUGCUGCCUCCUCUCACUAAGGAGCUCCAAGAAGCUCCCAGCUUUUGGUCUC